GAGAUCUGCCAGCGCCUCUUCAACACCCUGCAGCUGGACGAGGGCCGGGCCCAGCGCUGCAGCCAGGUGCUGCUGGACGCCCCCAUCCAGCUGUCCCAGAUCACCGAUGGAUAUGCAGAUGCCAGCGUGGACCUGCUGCCAGGGCUGUUGCUGAAGAGAGGCCAGACCUCGAUGGUGAAUGCCAGGAAACUGGAGAAGGCGGAAGCCAGGCUGAAAGCCAAGCAGGACAAGAGGAUGGAGCGGGAUUCCCUGAAGUCAUCUGGCCCUCUGGUCCUUGAGGAGGCAUCUGCCAGCCAAGCUGCCAGCAAGAAGGAGACUCGCAUGGAGUCAUCAGGCAAGAACAAGUCGUAUGAUGUGCGCAUCGAGAACUUCGAUGUGUCCUUCGGUGAGCGUGUCCUACUGGCAGGAGCAGACCUGAACCUGGCAUUUGGACGGCGCUACGGGCUGGUGGGCAGGAAUGGACUGGGGAAGACCACGCUGCUGAAGAUGAUCGCCAGCCGGAGCCUGCGCAUCCCCUCGCACAUCAGCAUCCUCCACGUGGAGCAGGAGGUGGCGGGAGAUGAGACACUGGCGCUGCAGAGUGUGCUGGAGUGCGACACCACUCGUGAGAGCCUGCUGCGGGAGGAGAGGGAUCUGACGGCAAAGGUUAAUGCUGGCAGGGGAGAAGGGACAGAAGGUGCCAGGCUAUCGGAGAUCUACGCGAAGCUGGAGGAGAUUGAGGCAGACAAGGCCCCGGCAAGGGCAUCCGUCAUUCUUGCUGGGCUGGGCUUUAAUGCCAAGAUGCAACAACAGACAACCAAAGAGUUUUCUGGAGGCUGGAGAAUGAGACUGGCGUUAGCCAGAGCCCUCUUUGCCAGGCCAGAUCUCCUUCUGCUGGAUGAGCCAACGAACAUGCUGGACGUGAGGGCCAUUUUGUGGCUGGAGACCUACCUGCAGACCUGGCAGUCGACCAUCCUCGUGGUGUCCCACGACAGGAACUUCCUGAAUGCGGUGGCCACGGACAUCAUCCACCUGCACUCGCAGCGGCUGGACACAUACCGCGGGGACUUUGAGAACUUCAUGAAGAUCAAGGAGGAGCGGCUGAAGAACCAGCAGCGAGAGUAUGAAGCCCAGCAGCAGUACCGCGAGCAUAUCCAGGUUUUCAUUGACCGCUUUCGCUACAAUGCCAACCGAGCGUCCCAAGUGCAGAGCAAGCUCAAGUUGUUGGAGAAGCUGCCAGAGCUGAAACCUGUGGACAAGGAGUCUGAGGUGAUCAUGAAGUUCCCUGAUGGCUUUGAGAAGUUCUCCCCCCCCAUCCUGCAGCUAGAUGAAGUAGACUUCUAUUACGACCCAAGUCACUACAUCUUUCGUUCCCUCUCUGUCUCUGCUGACCUGGAGUCUCGCAUCUGUGUGGUUGGGGAAAACGGAGCUGGCAAGUCAACCAUGCUAAAGAUCUUAAUGGGGGAGCUGGCACCUGUCAGAGGGAUCAGACACGCUCACAGAAACCUAAAGAUCGGUUAUUUCAGCCAGCACCAUGUGGAUCAACUGGAUUUGAACAUCAGUGCUCUAGAGUUACUGGCAAGAAAGUUCCCAGGGAAGACGGAGGAAGAGUACCGGCAUCAGCUGGGGAGCUACGGCAUCUCGGGGGAGCUGGCCGUGCGUCCCGUGGCCAGCCUGUCCGGAGGUCAGAAGAGUCGCGUGGCCUUUGCCCAGAUGACAAUGUCCUGUCCAAACUUCUACAUCCUGGAUGAGCCGACAAAUCAUCUGGACAUGGAAACCAUUGAGGCAUUGGCAAAGGCACUGAAUAAGUUCCGGGGUGGUGUAAUUCUGGUGUCCCACAACGAGCGCUUCAUCCGCCUGGUGUGCCAGGAGCUGUGGGUGUGUGAGAACGCCACUGUGACCCGCAUCGAGGGUGGCUUUGACCAGUACAGAGACAUCCUGAAGGAGCAGUUCCAGAAGGAGGGUUUCCUAUAA